CGGCUCGUCCCAAGCCGUCAGUUCUAGGGUGAGCGUCCAUCCCCGAACAUCUCCCGCCGAAACCGACCGACCGAACGAAAAGAAAAAAAUAACUAAAAAUAAAAAAAACGAAACAAAACAAACGAAGACAAAUAAUCGACCGAAAGCGUGAAUUAAUUGACAGUGAUGUGCUAUAGUUCCCCUAAAAGUGCGAACUCCUUAUCCCCCCCAAAGGGACAUUAUUAAGUAUUCGUUUGACCAGAUAGAUUCGGACCACGUGAGUUUGACUCGAAUAUCAACCAACUUGUGUAGGAUUAUAACUGGAUCCGACUGAAAAAGGUGGAGCGAUCCUCGAUGGAGAUGGAGAGCCCCGCGGCUGCGCGAGCCUGCAAGAGGACGGCCUCCCCGGACAGCGGACAGCAGGCCGAGAAGCGCUGCUUCGUGGUCCAGGACGACGCGGCGGCCGCUGUGGGCGGCCUCGUCAGGCAGGGCACGUUCACGAAGGAGGACGUCGGCAGUGGCUCGGAACAGAUCUUCAUCCCGGUGGAGCACAAGGAGAACGCCUCGAGGAGGGAGGCCCUGCGCAUCCGGUUCGCUGAGAGGGAGCAGAGCAGAAGAAGCGCGCGGAAGCUGACGGAGGCCCGGGGAACUGCUGCCCCACGCAGGCCCGCCACGAAGGAUGAGUCGACGGCGACCGGCCGGAGUGUACGAGCCCGCCAGGCCCCCGUCAGCGGCGUGAGCGGCCUCAGUCCCCUACAGCGACAGGGCACCUUUACCGUGGACGAGGAGGCUGGCCGAGCGGACGGCCAGAGCGGGGACCUUAUGGAUCCCGGGGACGACGGAGGCCAGGCGCAGCAGGCCGUCAACGAGGUCGCGUCGGACAACAGCGGCACAGUGCGGGACGGGGACGCGGUGGCCGCUGAGGUGGCCGCUCUGCGGGCGAGCGUGGCGGCGCUGCGGCGCGGGGAGCGUGUGGCCAGGGAGCGCGCCGCCCGGGACGCGGGCCGCACCCGCGCCGCGCUGCAGGACGUCCACGGCCGCCUGGCCGCCACGCGCGCGGCGCUGCAGGCCGAGAAGGAGGCGCUGCUCCACAAGCUCACCGACCGGGAGGCGCUCUGGCGCCAGGAGAGGGACCGAGCACAGGCCCAGGUGCGUGCCCUGGAGACAGAGGCUCGCGCGCUCAGGGCCCAGCUGAGCUCGAAGCAGGCGGACGCGGUGCGGAAGGUGACGGCGGCCGAGGCGGAGCUGAGGAGGGCGGCCCACGAUCAGGAGGCGGCGCUGCGCGCCCAGCUGGCGGACAUGGCCCGGCAGCGGGACAGCCUGCAGGCGCAGUUGCGCGACAGGACACUGCCAGAGCGUCCCGCGAGUCCUGCAAGUCCCGCGGCGCGGCCGCAGGAGGAGUGGCAGCGCGUGGCGCUGGCGCAGCGCAGGGAGCUGCAGCAGGGCCGCAAGAGGCAGGCGCAGCUGGAGGCGCAGCUCCGGGAGGCGCGCCGGCCGCAGGAUGCGCUCCGGGAGGCGGACCUGAAGGGGGACCUGGCGCGCGCGCUGCACGCCAAGGACGAGGAGCGUCGCCGCGACGCCGCCGAGGCCGCCAGGAAGCACGAGGCCCUGGAGGCGCAGCUCCGGGACGCGCUCCGGGAGCUCCGGCAGCAGCGCGAGGCGGCGUCACGUCGGCCCGCCGCCAGGAGCGGCGCGGGCAGGGCGCGGGCGCUCGCCCUAGAAUCUCAAGUGGACGGGGAGACCAGGACUGGCCCGGACGGCUCCGGGGAGGCGCGGGGGGCGCCCGGAUCCGAGCCUCUCCGGACGACGCCGGCGACACCGCCGAACGCCCGCUGCCGCCCUCACCAGCGAGAACAGCGGGGUGGAGCGGCGGUGGGGCGUAAGCGACGGAGGUGGGCGGAAGACGAAGAAGAGGACGAUAACAAACGGACGCUCAACGAAGCAACCCAUAAGGACAACGACGACGACGAAAACGAAAAUCAACGACGCAGUCUGCUCCGCGAGGUGGAGCGUCUGCGAGAACACAACACAGCUCUGCGGGAAUCGCUUCGCGUUCGGCGCCGGCGCUCACCCAGGCCACCAGGCCCUCAGAGGGUACACUGGUGUGCAUGCAGCGGGGUCGUGACUGUUGCACGGUGAGAGGACCAGCUCCUG